AUGAAACAGCACACUGCACAUUUUGCUAAAAUACUUUUACAAAUAGGUGAAGAUACAUAUCCUACUAACCAAACGACCGGCCUCAUUGAACUCAAUAGUGAUUUCUGUAACAUAGCCACUACUGAAAACGAUCUAAUCGACAAAAUUUAUCCAAAUAUUGUUCAAAACUAUACCAACGUAGAGUGGUUAUUUCAAAGAGCAAUUUUGGUCACUAAAAAUAAUGUUGUUGACGAUAUCAAUUUCAAUAUUCUAAAGAAAAUACCUGGUGAAGAGAGAAUAUACAAAUCGAUGGACACGAUGGUAUCCAGUGAGGAAAGUGUCAACUUCCCUACAGAAUUUCUGAACUCUUUACAAGUACCAGGAAUGCUAUUACACUGCUUUCGUCUCAAAAUUGGAUCUCCAAUCAUACUACUUAGAAAUCUCGGCUCUCCAAAACUAUGUAAUGGAACGAGAAUGAUCGUAAAACAGCUAUCGAAUAUUAUUGAAGCUGAACUUAUUUCUGGAAAGAACAAAGGACAAACAAUUAGGCAAAUGGUCGGACAUAAAAAAGACGCCAGAGUGAACUGGUCUUAA